AUGAAGGAAGAGAAACACAUCUACAAGACUAUGAAGGAAAAGAAACACAUCUACAAGACUAUGAAGGAAGAGAAACACAUCUACAAGACUAUGAAGGAAGAGAAACACAUCUACAAGACUAUGAAGGAAGAGAAACACAUAUACAAGACAAUGAAGGAAGAGAAACACAUCUACAAGACUAUGAAGGAAGAGAAACACAUCUACAAGACUAUGAAGGAAGAGAAACACAUCUACAAGACUAUGAAGGAAGAGAAACACAUCUACAAGACUAUGAAGGAAGAGAAACACAUCUACAAGACUAUGAAGGAAGAGAAACACAUGAAGAAAACACAAGAAAGGAAGAAAACACAUCACAAGAAGAGGAAGAGAAACAUCUACAAGACUAUGAAGGAAGAGAAACACAUCUACAAGACAAUGAAGGAAGAGAAACACAUCUACAAGACAAUGAAGGAAGAGAAACACAUCUACAAGACUAUGAAGGAAGAGAAACACAUCUACAAGACUAUGAAGGAAGAGAAACACAUCUACAAGACUAUGAAGGAAGAGAAACACAUCUACAAGACUAUGAAGGAAGAGAAACACAUCUACAAGACUAUGAAGGAAGAGAAACACAUCUACAAGACUAUGAAGGAAGAGAAACACAUCUACAAGACUAUGAAGGAAGAGAAACACAUCUACAAGACUAUGAAGGAAGAGAAACACAUCUACAAGACAAUGAAGGAAGAGAAACACAUCUACAAGACUGUGAAGGAAGGGAAACACAUCUACAAGACUAUGAAGGAAGAGAAACACAUCUACAAGACUAUGAAGGAAGGGAAACACAUCUACAAGACAAUGAAGGAAGAGAAACACAUCUACAAGACAAUGAAGGAAGGGAAACACAUCUACAAGACAAUGAAGGAAGAGAAACACAUCUACAAGACAAUGAAGGAAGGGAAACACAUCUACAAGACAAUGAAGGAAGAGAAACACAUCUACAAGACAAUGAAGGAAGAGAAACACAUCUACAAGACUCUAGGGGUUCAAGCAUACAUCUACAAGCGACAUAUUCAUUAG